AUGUCUCGAAUUCCAGCUGCGAAGCGGCGACGCCUCUCCCCUCCGGAAGAUAGUGGCUCUGAGUCUCCAGAGCCACAGAGUACGCGUUCGAAAUUCCUUGCUAGCGCAGCAAAAUGGGACCUCGAGCAAGAUUAUGAACAGCGGCCGAGGAAGCUGAAGAAACAGAAGGAGAUUGCGAGACUGCCGGUUAGGACGACGGAGGGAUGGACCCAGCCGGCUGUGGCGCCUUCAGCUGUAAAAGAGGAGGAGGAAGAAGAGUCGGAGGAAAUAUCUGCUGAUGAGGAAGAUGAGGACGAGGCGGCGGAAGAAGUUGUUGAGGAGAAGCCGAAGGUUUCCGCGAAGCAACAGAUACUUGAGGCAAAAGAGGAACUGGCACGGAUAGCGACCCUCAUCAAUGAGGAUCCAGAGGAGCAUAUUGGGUCUCUCAAGACUCUCGCUGCCAUCGCCGCUUCGGAGAAUAUCACGAUUAGGAAACUUGCAUUGGCAGCGCAGGCGGCAAUCUUCAAGGAUCUCAUUCCUGGAUAUCGCAUUCGACCUCUUCCGGAAGAUAGCAUGACCGAGAAGGUCUCCAAGGAAGUCCGCAAACUUCGGAAUUUCGAGCAAAAGCUCGUAACCAGCUACCAGGCAUAUGUGCAGCAGCUGGGCAAGCUGGCUAGGUCAAGUGGAUCCACGACUUCGGAGGCUUCUGCCAGCGUAGCUACCGUCGCAAUCAGCUGCGCUUGCAAUCUCCUGACUGCUGUGCCCCAUUUCAACUUCCGCGGCGAACUCUUGAAAAUACUGGUUGGGAAACUAAGCACCAAGAGGGUAGAUGGAGAUUUUGCGAAGUGCAGGGAGACUCUGGAGAAGCUCUUCGAGAAUGACGAGGACGGCAACGCCUCGUUGGAUGCCGUUACCAUGCUGACAAAGAUGAUGAAGAGCAAGAAUUACGAUUUUGACGAGAGCGUUCUGAAUACAUUUCUGCACCUUCGCCUUCUGUCUGAAUUCGGCUCGAAGGCUUCGUACAACUCUGUGGACAAACCCAAGGACGAUGAAUAUCACGGAAAAAAGAUCAAGCAGAAACGGGAGUUCCGUACAAAACGACAACGGAAACUAUUGAAAGAGCAAAAGGCAAUUGAGAAAGAGAUGAAAGAAGCAGACGCCACUGUGAGCCACGAGGAGCGUGACCGGAUGCAAGCUGAGACUCUCAAAAUGGUCUUUGUUGCUUAUUUCCGCAUAUUGAAGGCACGCUCGCAAAGAUUGAUGGGCGCGGUGUUGGAGGGUCUCGCCAGAUACGCGCACUUGAUCAACCAAGACUUCUUCGGCGAUAUUUUGGAAGCCUUGAGAGAUAUCAUUCACACAGCAGAGGUAUCAGCGGCCCUGGAGGAGGAAGAAAACGAAGAAGACGAGGAUGAAGAUGACAUUCCGGAACGCAGCCUCACUCGCGAGUCGCUCCUGUGUGUGAUUACGGCAUUUGCGCUACUGCAGGGCCAGGAUGGGUCUACUGCUGCUUCAACAUUGAAGCUGGACCUGAGCUUCUUCAUCACUCAUCUCUACCGUACGCUUCAUGCAGUUUCGCUCAAUCCCGACAUCGAGCUCAGCGCCAAUUCCCUGCAUCUGCCUGACCCUAAUGCUCCACAGACCCAGACAUCGCCGACAAACAAGGUCAACGUGCAAACAACAAUAGUUCUUCUCAUCCGCUCUCUGACCUCGGUCUUACUUCCCGCUACCGCAUUGCGGCAAGUUCCACCUAUUCGCAUAGCUGCCUUUUGCAAGCAACUCAUGACCAUAUCGUUGCACCUGCCGGAGAAGUCGUCUAUUGCCAUGCUUGGACUGCUCACUAAGGUAGCCAAGAUUCAUGGGCGCAAGAUCGAUGCCCUCUGGAACACCGAAGAGCGACGGGGAGACGGCAUCUUCGAUGCUCUCAAACCAGAGAUAGAGGGCAGUAACCCCUUCGCCGCGACUGUAUGGGAAGGCGAACUACUACGGAAGCACUUCUGCCCGACCGUCCGAGACGCCGUGGCAGGCCUGGAACGGACAGUAAUGGAAGCGAGAUAG